CAAUAAUUCCCCUCCCUUGAAUAAUUCCCCUCCCUCAAAACUACUAUCGGGUUUGAAACAAGCAAUCUUAUCGUCAUCUGAACAGUCGAGUGAGUCGAGAGUCGUGUACACAUGGAUCAGAGUAUUUAAAAGCUGUGAAAGGUUAAAUGAAUUUGAUUUAUAGCAUAAGUAUCGGAGGAUUAGAGGAUAGCAGUGAAUUUGCACGGAUAUCAGGAAUAUUAGAGGAUUUGAACGUAUAUAAGAAAGGGUAUCAGGGGAUGAAGGAGUCGAGAUUUUAUUCAAAUAGUUUGCUUGUAUUAAUUUAAUACU